CUGUAGUGUGUGUGCAGUUGUGUGCGCUCGUGCUGGUUAUUGUAGAGGGGAAACGGAAACACACAGGACACAUAAAGGCACAGACGCUCCGUGCUGGAGAGGAUUCACCUCUUACACCUGCGGACUCCAUGCGGAUCAUAUGAGCGCUUAAGUAAAAGAACAUGUUGGACGGUGCGGUUUCGGUGACCGCGCGCGACGCUCCUCUGCUGCAGAACGUCUGGGACGGGAUACGCGAGCGCUCCGGUGUGCGCACGGCGCCGUUGUUGGGCGCGUGCGUGGCUUUCUCGUUUCACGUGCUGUUAUCAGCACUUUUCCUCGGUCUCGAUGUGCUCGGACCGCGCGUGCCAUGGAUCACUCGAUACAGGAUCCACGGAAAGCCGGUCAACCUGCGCGUCUGGUUUUGCUGCCUCGCGCGGAUCUCGUGGAAAUACGCGCUGUGCGUCCUGCCGUUAAGCGCCUGCAUGGGUUACACGGAGACGCGCUUCGGGUUCGCGCAGCACGAGCGCCUGGUGACGGCGACUGCUGCACCGUCGCUGCUCGUCGCGUGCACAGAGUGUUUUUCAUGCCUGCUCGUGUUCGACACCUUCUUCUUCUUGGUGCAUUACACGGUGCACAGAAACCCUUGGCUCUUCAGGAUCUUCCAUCAGUCUCACCAUGUGAACACGCACCCUUUUGCCCUCAUGGCUCUGGACUCCAGCAUCGUGGAGCUCGUCUCUCAGCAGGUGUUGGCCGUGUGGAGCACCGUGGUGGUGGGCUGCCACCCAGUCAGUGAAAUCCUCUUCCACCUCCUCAACAUCUGGCUGUCGGUGGAGGACCACUGUGGCUACGACUUCCCCUGGGCUCUACACAGGAUUCUGCCCUGCUUCGGAGGGGCUCCGUUCCAUCAGGCGCAUCAUCAGCGUGUUACAGGGAAUUACGCACCGUACUUCACACACUGGGACCUCAUAUUUGGGACAAGGAUAAACACGUGAGCGGAUGUUUGCUUUAGAAAGAGCUGAAGACUUGCACCGAGAUCGUGUCCGUGUGUCUCUCACGGGCGCCACCUACUGGUUUGAUGAUCUGAUGUAGCUUACGUAAAGGUCCCCGAACAGAUCAGUGAACGAAUCUAUAUGGUGAAGAGUAUAAUAGGAUUUGAAUCGGUGGAGUGAAUGGAAAUGACCCCGCUAGAGCUUAAUGUUAUUGCAUUUUAUGUAACAUUUAAGGACGUACUAAUGCCACCUGCUGGCCUGGUGUGCUCAUUCCAGUCAAUUGUGCUGUUUUCACAUGGAAGGAAAUUGUUUUGUUCUUAAUAUGAAUGGGAUUUAAAGGUCAGAUAUACAUUUUUAAAAACUGUGUAUACAUUUGUGGGCGGAGCCUAACUGUAACACGAGGACUGUUACUGUUUAUAAACUCACACAUAUUCAUGUCGUCUGUGUGCCGAUCUAAUCAGAGUUUGGAAACAUCUUAGGUUUUGGAGUUGAACUCCAGCUCCUGUUGUUUCCUUUUUGUGUGUGAAAAUAGUGAACCUGGCAACCCAAAAUAUUGGACUCUGUAGAACAGUCUUCAGAAAUGUAGUUGUUAUGCUUCCUGUCGCUUAACAUACAUUGUGAACAGGAAGUAUUUUUUUAUUACAGUAAUGUGCAAAAGUCUUAGCCCCCCUUUCCUAAUGCCUUCUGCACUAUUGCGUUAUAUACUGAGCAUAUAUACUGAUAAUUUUUUUUUAUGUUAUUCUGCUUACAUCACAUCUUUCGCUAAAAGAUCGUUUAUCUAUUAACGAACAGCACAGCACUUAAUUGUUGGAACGUCACAGAGAUGAGUCUUUGUGCACUCAAACAUUAGAACAUCUUAAUAAGACAAAAAUAAUCGCAGCUUGUUACAUCAUGUUACAGAGAAACCGCAAAAUACAAAUCCAAAUGUUACAAAAUACUGACACUGGAGACUCAUUCCAUAAACAGUAACAAGUAUCAGCAAUAAAAAUGAAAAUAUAUCCGAACGAGAACCUUGGAAACCUAAAAAAUAGAAAAUAGAAAAUAGAAACCUUGGAAAAUAGAAACCUGUCGAACCUGAUCCAGGAAUUUGACCAAUCAGAAACAGGUGGAAUCUCCAGAUCUCUCGGCAGCUGGGCUUCUUAUAAAACCUCCCUAAAAGGUUUAACUGAAACUACUGAUAUAUCCUGAAAGUGAACAUCGUCCUGUUAGACAGUGACUUCGUUUAGUUUAUCUCUGCUUUCUGCUUUUCAUAAACGUCAGAUUGUUGAAGGCUUUUUAUUUAGCGAUCACAGAAAACUCCUCUGUGUGUCCUCUGUAUGUAUAAUAAGAACAGGAAGUCCUUAUACGGUCAUAGUUUUCUACUAUAAUGCAUCAUUUACUUUUUUUUUUAAAGUUUAAAGAGUUAAAAUAUCCUGGGACAUUAUUAAAGAAGUGUGUGGAGAAAAAAAUGAAAUGUGAAGAUGUAAAAACGAUAACGAUCCUGAUGUGAAUGAAAGGCUGAAAUCGGCCGGACGCAUCAAUAUGAACCCUUUUAUUGCACAAAUUUAUGGUUGUUCACAUGUUGUUUAUUACUUACUAUGACAUAAAACAUACAUUUUUGUAUAAUUUGCUUAUUUUAAACAGUAAAUGGA